AUAUCCUCCACACCUGCCCUCGCAUGAUACGGGAAGUUCAUCGGUGCGCACUCAAACUACACCAUCGCUGGCUGCUGUGCUGCACAACAUGGAGAUACGCCCAGCAGUCGUUGCCUCCUUCGUCCUACAACUAUUAUCACUUUCCAUCUUCCUAAAGCUGUCUGCUGGCGCCGAGCUCUUCUCGUGGCAGUGCUACAACGGUUCGAGCUACAAGGAGAACGGCACCUACCAGUCCAACGUCCGCAACCUCCUCGCAUCCCAAGCCGCCAACGUCUCCCGGUCGGAGUCCCUGUUCGCUACCACCGUCGUCGGCACCAGCUCCGACACGGUGUGGGGCCUCGGGCUGUGCCGCGGCGACAUCACCAACCGCACCGAGUGCACGUCCUGCCUCGCCCUCGCGCCAGAGGUCGCGUUCGACAAGUGCAUGGGCGUCAAGGACGUGUCCAUCUUCUACGACCGCUGCAUCAUCCGCUACUCCUUCCUCGACUUCCUGAAUAGCCCGGACAACCGGCAGGUGCAGUCCAGGGGCCCCAGCAAGGAAGUUGUCAUCCCACACGACGCCGCCAAUCGGUACGACGCACUCGUGGUGAACCUCGCCGUCGCUCUCGCGAACUCAGCGGUGUUCAACACCACGUCCAGGUACGCAACCGGGGUCAUGGUCUCCGACCAGGGGUUCACGACCAACACCAGCAACGAGGUGGUGCACACGAUCUACGGGCUGGUGCAGUGCACGCCGGAUCAAGGGCCGGGCCCGUGCCGGGAGUGCCUGCAGGGGCUCAUCGACGAGAUGAAGUUCAACGGCAGCGUCGGACGGAAUAUCUUGGGCAUAUGGUGCAACCUCAGGUUCGAAAAGCAAGUCUUUUACCACGGUAGCCCCAUGCUGAACCUCAUGGCCCCGCCGCCGACGCCACCUCCUUCUCCCCUCCCGUCUGGUACAACAGACGGGACAAGGUGGCGACAACGCGCCGCGACAGUAUCCACCAUUGUUCUUGGCGUCGCAGUUAUCCUCCUGUCCAUAACUGUAGUCUUCCUAUGGAGAAACAAGGCUACAACACAACUCUCUUACCAGGAAGAUGGCGACGACCCUGAAUCACUUCUGUUUGAUCUGACAACCUUGAGAGGCGCAACCGACAAUUUCGCCCAAGAGAAUAAGCUUGGGCAUGGAGGCUUUGGCGCAGUAUACAAGGGUGUAUUGCCUCAUGGACGGGAAAUAGCUGUAAAAAGAUUAGACAAAGCUUCAGGGCAAGGUCUGAAGGAGUUGAGGAACGAGCUACUGUUGGUGGCGAAGCUGAAGCACAACAAUCUUACAAAGCUUCUCGGCGUGUGCUUGAAAGGUGAAGAGAAGUUACUUGUGUACGAGUACCUGCCCAACCGAAGCCUGGACACCUUCCUUUUUGCACCUGAAAUCGAGAAGCGUCUACUGCUGAGCUGGGAGACAAGGUUCCGUAUAAUCUAUGGGACGGCACGAGGUCUCCUAUACCUUCAUGAGGACUCACAGAUAAAGAUCAUACACCGCGAUCUCAAGGCAAGCAACAUCUUGCUAGACACCGACAUGAACCCCAAGAUCUCAGAUUUUGGCCUGGCAAGGCUCUUCAACAGUGACAAGCCGAGUACCACCACGGGCCAAGUCGUCGGAACAUUAGGAUACAUGGCCCCGGAGUAUGCGGUUCUGGGGCACCUGUCGGUCAAGAUAGACGUGUACAGCUUCGGCGUCCUGGUCCUGGAGAUUGUUACGGGCAGGAAAAAUACAGACGCAUUUGAAGAGUCAUCUGCGGGAGAGUCCGGCACUCUGCUCAACUAUGUGUGGGAUCAGUGGUCCAAGGGAACGGCGCUGGCGACGAUGUAUCCAAUGUUGGAGUGCAUGGUUGCGGAGGAGGGCGAGGUGCUGAAAUGCGUCCACCUGGGGCUCCUCUGCGUGCAGGAGAACCCGGCGGACCGGCCCACCAUGCUGGAGGUUCUCGUGAUGCUGCAUGGCCACGCGUCGAGCUUCGUGGCGCCGUCGAAGCCAGCAUUCACCUUCACCUUCACGAGCUCGACGGACAACAUUGUGCUGUCCGCAUCAGAUCCAGGCGUCCAAAGUGCAUCGGCCACGCCGUCCGUCAACGAGAUGUCGGUAUCAGAGUUCGAGCCUAGAUAGAUAUAGAGAUCAUACAUAGAUUCCGUUCAUGGGUUCCUGUGUAGUACCUUAUGUCCUAGUGGAUAGGCACCGUGCAUAUAGACGUACGAUUUCAUGCAUCUAGCUAGUCAGCUAGAGGAAACCAUAAUAAGAAGUAACAGGCUAGCAGGUGCCUGGUAACUCGAGAAGGUCGUGGCAUAUAUGUUCGGGGACACUAUGAUAUAUAAUAAACCUUUGGUGAGUAAAUUUAUGAGAAAAGUAUAUUUUUGGUCCCUCAAGUUCCCACAAAGUAUAGACUUGGUCCCUCAAAUUUGUUUGGUAUACAUCUGGUCCCUCAAGUCUCAAAACCGGAUAAGUUUGGUCCUAAACCAGAUUUUGAGCACGUUGACCGGUUUUGACCGCAACAAAACCGCCCGAUGAACAGUAAAUUCGACAAAAAACAAAAUAAAAAAAAUUCAGGAAAAUCUGAAAUUUUUUGGGGUCGAAUAUGCUUGCGUACGCAAGAUGUGAACACAAUUUCGUUCUCUUUCGGCACUCAAGGAGCUCGUGGUAAAAAAACAAAAAUAUCUGCCUGAUGAAUAGUAAAUU